ACCAGAAAUUUCACUGCAUAUUUAUAUAUUUCACUUACUGUUCUAAAAAUCCUCCAGAAAUGAUGAAUUGGUACGAAAGAGAUGGAUGUCAACGCAUUGCUUACUUCAUAUUAAUUCCACUACGAUUUCUACUGCCGAGUUUUGUUCAAAAUGGCUACUUGUAUCCAGAUGAAUUUUUCCAAUCCUCAGAAAUAAUGGCCAAAGACAUUUUUCAGAUAAACUCCACAGUGACUUGGGAGUGGAAUAAAGAAUUUCCAGUGAGAAGUCCAAUAUCUGCAUUUAUAACUUCAGGAAUUCCCUUUUUAAUUCUCAGCUUCUUGUCCAAAUUCGUUGAUAUAACUCCUCAUUUAUUACUCAUAUUUCCAAGAAUUCAUAUGACAUUAAUCUCUUUAAUUUCAUUUGAUUUGCCAGUCUAUGUUAUCAGCCGACGACUAAACCUCAAGCCAUUUAACUGUCUGCUGGUAUUAUCUACAUCAUAUGUGACACAUGUAUUCGCAACACGGCCAUUUUCAAACACGUUGGAAACUGGUAUUUUUGGCAUAAUAAUAAUGUUGCUUAUAAACCCUCGUGAUAAACAAGUCUCUGUUAGUAAUGAGGACAAGCAACAUGAGAUGCCAAGCUCUAUUUGCAUCCUGGUUGGUAGUUUAACUUCAUUGGGGUUUUUUUGCAGACAAACAUUUCUUGUGUUUGCACUGGUGCCUUACUUUGGUUUUCUUAUAGAUCAGGUAAAAAGGCAACAAAGCUAUGUUGUUAAGACUGUAGCUAAAUUGAUAUUAAUGGCACUUGGUUUUCUCAUUACCAGCAUGGUAUUUAUUUUGCUGGACUCUUGGUACUUUGGAUACUUACAAGAGGGUAAUUUGGUUGUUACUCCAAUGAAUUUUAUAAAGUACAAUGCAUUUCAUUCUCAUGCCCAUGGAUAUCAUCCUUUCUUUACUCAUUUUCUUGUCAAUAUACCAUUGCUAUUUGGACCAAUGGCAUUUCUGCUGUACUUGGAGCUUGGAACACUGAUAUGGAAGUUUGGUGGUGAAAACCAGAAUGAACAAACUAGAAGCCAUGUUAGUUACAAAAAGUUUCACGACGUUCUCUUGGUUCUUAGUAUUUCUGUACCUAUAUUCAUCCUUUCACUUGUACCACAUCAAGAACCUCGGUUUUUGAUGCCAGUCUUCAUUCCUAUGGUAUUGCUAUUUUCUUCUAAAAUAGCUGGACCAAAAAAUUCCCCAUCACUACUUUUGUCAUGGUCUAUUUGGAAUGUAAUUGGUUGUAUAUUUUUUGGGAUUCUACACCAAGCUGGUAUUGUGCCCUCAUUAUAUCACCUUCAUAAAAGUAUCAAUGAAAAAGUACAUGUUUCUGCUGAGUCAUAUUGUCACCAUGUGGUUUAUUUUCAUACGUAUAUGCCUCCAACACAUCUACUAGCAUGGCCAAAUGAUGCCCUAAUCAAUACACAUAAACUAUAUGUCCAUGAUCUUGCUGGAAGUUCUAGAGAGACAUUUAAUCUAACAAUGUCCAAAUUAAAGUCAGACUAUUGUAAUGAAGAUAAAAAUAUGGUGUACAUUGUCUACCCAGCAACUGUCGAAGUUCCUGUUCAGUUUAACAACGAUGCUAACAUGAUUAAAUUCUUUCCUCAUUUGUCAAUGGAGGAUCCUCCCAAUUUUCAUCAACAUAUCACGGAUCUGUUUUUCAAUACGAACUACCAAUACCAUGACUCUGGGAUAACAACUAUGAAUAUUAUAGACAUAUCAAGAACAGUUUGGAAUCAUGUUUGUAGUCAACUACAAAAAAUGAAGUGUGAUCUUUCUUUAAAUCUUCAUACAACUCGAUUUUAAAAUAUACUGAUUGUUCUAGGAUUGUUGUUGUUGAGACAAUACAACGCCAAUUUUGGCAAUUGACGAUUGUGCAAUUAAUUGAAAACAGAUCUGGACUCAAUAAUAUAUAGAUGAUAGUAUAUUAAGGUAUAUUAUUGUACUUAAGAAUACUAUUACAGAAGAAACACAUUUUCCCGCUGUACAAAUGAUAUCUGUUUCAAACGUAAAAAUAUUGAAAGCUU